AUGAAGAUGCUUACAUUCAGAAAGAAGCAGCAUUUGGUCUUUUUACUAUGUGUGUGGUGUUUGGUGGUGGAUUGGAGCAAGGCAGAAGCAGAUGAAAGUGAAGGAGGUCCAAUGGAGAAAACAGAGCAAGCUGCUCUCUACUCUACAAUUCAAGGCUUUGUUGGUGAUUCUUGGAAUGGUUCUUAUUUGUAUCCUGACCCUUGUGGUUGGACUCCUAUUCAGGGUGUGACUUGUGAUAUGUACAAUGAUCUUUGGUAUGUAACUGCUUUAAGCUUGGGGACUAUGCGAGACAACUCUCUUGCUUGUUCUGAGACUCCAGUGAUCAGACAAGAACUCUUUGAGCUCAAGCACCUCAAGUCUCUCUCUCUUUUCAGCUGCUUCACAUCACCAAACCGAUAUCUAGCUUCAAUAUCAGAUGAGAAGUGGCUUGAUCUCUCUAAGAACUUGGAGACACUUGAGAUCAGAUCAAAUCCGGGGCUGAUAGGUGAACUCCCUUCUGCCAUCACUAACCUGACCAACCUACAAUCUCUUGUGGUUUUAGAAAACCAGUUAACAAAUUCCUUGCCAGAGAAUUUAGCCAAGUUAACCAGACUGAGGCGCUUAGUACUGUCUGGAAACCGGUUCACAGGAAGAAUACCGGAGAUUUAUGGCUUAACCGGACUGUUGAUCUUGGAUCUGAGCAGGAACUUCUUAUCUGGGUCAUUGCCUUUAAGCGUUGGAGGGUUGAGUUCGCUGCUGAAACUCGAUCUCAGUAACAAUUACUUGGAGGGAAAGUUACCUACAGAGCUACAGGCCUUAAAGAACCUGACUCUUCUGGAUCUUAGGAACAACAGAUUCUCAGGUGGAUUGACUAGAGAGCUCCAAGAGAUGAGUUCUUUGGUAGAACUUGUUUUGUCCAAUAACCAUCUCGCCGGGGACUUAACAGGAAUAGAGUGGAGAAAUCUAAAGAAUUUGGUGGUUUUGGAUCUUUCAAACACAGGGUUAAAAGGGGAGAUUCCUUGGUCAAUCUUGGAGCUCAAGAAACUGAGGUUCUUGGGUCUAAGCAACAACAAUCUCAGAGGGAAACUCAUCCGUCAAGUGGAAACCGAAAUGCCUUGUCUCAACGCUCUCUAUGUAAAUGGAAAUAACAUCAGUGGAGAGCUGGAGUUCUCUAGAAUGUUCUAUGAAAGGAUGGGAAGGAGACUUGGUGUUUGGGGAAACCCUAAUCUGUGUUACCAUGGAGAUGAAAUCAAGAACCAUCGUGAUCAUGUUCCUUUUGGAGUGAACCAAUGCAAGGCGGUGACUUUGGUUUAA